AAGAGCGAAAUCCCUGCUUCUUCUGAAGCGCCGCGGCAAUCCCUCUCCCCAGCGUUUGGAUUCAGAGAAAAGAAAUGGCGCCCAAGAAGGAGAAGGCCCCCGCCGCUUCUUCGAAGCCGGCCAAAUCCGGUGGAGGCAAGCAGAAGAAGAAGAAGUGGAGCAAGGGAAAGCAGAAGGAAAAGGUGAACAACGCGGUCCUCUUUGACCAGGCGAGCUACGACAAGAUGCUCUCCGAGGUUCCCAAGUACAAGCAGAUCACCCCUUCUGUUCUCUCCGAGAGAUUGCGGAUUAACGGAUCACUAGCAAGGAGAGCAAUCAAGGAUCUGAUGGCAAGGGGUGAUAUCAGGAUGGUAUCUGCCCAUGCAAGCCAACAAAUCUACACUAGAGCCACUAAUACCUAGGAGAACUUUAAUCGCACCCGAUUCUGUAGGAAUUGGUACAUGAUGUUUGGUCGUAAUCGAGUAGUUGCGACUCAAGUUUUUGAUACUUCAGAUUGAGCCUUGCUCGGUCAAGUAUGGACACAUCAAUUUGUCUAGAGCAUUUAUUAUAUUCACUUGCUCUUUGUAGUAAUUGGUGCGGUUCUGUACUCAAUAGUCUUGCAAUGUAGAAAUAAUGUGUCGACCAUGGAAAGAA